UAUUAAUGCUUGUUGGUUUUUAUAUUAAACCAGUCAUUUAAUCUUGAUGUGCAGAAAGUACUAAAAAGCCUGCACACCAUCAGUCCUGAUAGAAACACACCAUCGGUCCUGAUAGAAACACACCAUCGGUCCUGAUAGAAACACACCAUCGGUCCUGAUAGAAACACACCAUCGGUCCUGAUAGAAACACACCAUCGGUCCUGAUAGAAACACACCAUCGGUCCUGAUAGAAACACACUAUCGGUCCUGAUAGAAACACACCAUCAGUCCUGAUAGUAACACACCAUCGGUCCUGAUAGAAACACACCAUCGGUCCUGAUAGAAACACACCAUCGGUCCUGAUAGAAACACACCAUCGGUCCUGAUAGAAACACACCAUCGGUCCUGAUAGAAACACACCAUCGGUCCUGAUAGAAACACACCAUCGGUCCUGAUAGAAACACACUAUCGGUCCUGAUAGAAACACACCAUCAGUCCUGAUAGAAACACACCAUCGGUCCUGAUAGAAACACACCAUCGGUCCUGAUAGAAACACACCAUCGGUCCUGAUAGAAACACACCAUCGGUCCUGAUAGAAACACACCAUCAGUCCUGAUAGAAACACACCAUCAGUCCUGAUAGAAACACACUAUCGGUCCUGAUAGAAACACACCAUCGGUCCUGAUAGAAACACACCAUCGGUCCUGAUAGAAACACACCAUCGGUCCUGAUAGAAACACACCAUCAGUCCUGAUAGAAACACACCAUCGGUCCUGAUAGAAACACACCAUCGCACACCAUCAGUCCUGAUAGAAACACACCAUCAGUCCUGAUAGAAACACACCAUCAGUCCUGAUAGAAACACACCAUCAGUCCUGAUAGAAACACAGUCCUGAUAGUAACACACCAUCAGUCCUGAUAGUAACACACCAUCAGUCCUGAUAGAAACACACCAUCAGUCCUGAUAGUAACACACCAUCAGUCCUGAUAGUAACACACCAUCGGUCCUGAUAGAAACUAAACAUUGCCACGAUUAAAAAGGUGUUAGGAUAAGAAAAAGUAAUUUUAGUUAUUUUCAUGUCAGUUCGUUGACUUAGCGUCUAAGUGGUGAUGCGAUGUGGGUGUGACAACAGCUAUUGUUCUGUUUAGGUGUGGGCAGUGGACCUGGACCUGAGCUAUAGUAACCAGUUGGCCAUGACCCAGCUGAUGCUCAUGAUGACGGGGGGAAGCCUGGACUGUCGGACCAGUCGUCUGGAGGUCCCCCUCACCAAGCCCUUCCUGCGCCACAAAGGAUCCACAGAGACUGCUCUCCCAGCGGUGGCCAGUCGUUAUGCGGUCCUGGGGAGCCGGCUGCUCCACACCAACCUGUCCAUGGUGCACUAUAGCGUCUUCUUCCAGAUGUGCAAGGCUCAAGGCAUCGGCUUCGACAUCAAGGAAAAGCAAGGCACUGUCUUUGUUCUGCAUGACAGCUGUGAGAGAUACAGUCUGGGGAUGGUAACCGUCGGUGACGACCUCCAGGGAGCCCUGAUGACCUUUGCUCGUAACCUGUCCAUCAUCCAUCAGGAGAUAUCAGCUCCCAACAUGCAGGGAGAGACUAACUUUAAGGGCCUAAUUAGGGACAUAGAAGAGGUUUUGGGAAUGACAAUCCAGAAUAAAGCCCAGGUGACCGAGGAAGAAGAGAAGACUACUACUGUCCGGACUAAACGGGGAUCACUGACCCACACAACUAGGAUACCUCAGUCACUUUAACGGAAGAAAUGCCACCGUUUUGAUCAGAUCAAUGCCAAUUAUUCCAACUGAUCAUUUCAGACCCUAUUAUCUAUUUCUAUCUGUAUUUCAUAAGAGUUUAUCUUACUAGGAACAAUACAUUAUUAUAUUCCUGAACAACUGUGAACUCUUAGUGUGUGAUUGUUCAUACUGUAGCCUAAACACAACCAGGAAACAAGUUGUAUGUUUUAAGAACAUAAAAAACUUUAUUAUAAAUUCAAAUGUUAAUUUAAUGUAGAGUCAUUUAUCGUAAGCUGAA